CUCUCUCUCUCCUCUUGAAAUAGGGGGGCUCAUCAGUUUUCGAAACCCACCUCGUACCUUCUCGUCGACUCCACGGCUAAGGCUCCGCCCGAAGAGGAAUCCAGUGCUUCAGAGGAAACCAUGGAUAACCGCUCCAUUUCCACCGUCGUCAUCAUAAUAUCUAUGCAGACCGAAGCGAUUCCUCUUGUGAACAAAUUCCAGCUUAAGGAGGACCUCAAUCCCGUGUUCCCAAUGGGGGUUCCUUGGGUUCGCUACUUUGGUACUUACAAAGACCUGAAUAUCAAUGUAAUCUGGCCUGGAAAAGAUACGAUUUUGGGAGUUGAUAGUGUAGGCACGAUUUCAGCAUCUCUUGUGACCUAUGCUUCUAUCCUUGCGUUGCAGCCAGACCUUAUCAUAAACGCUGGCACAGCCGGUGGCUUUAAGUGCUUUGAUAUGUAUUCCACAUUGAUGUUUAGCUGUUUCCAGGCCAAAGGAGCUAGUAUAGCUGAUAUUUUUCUUGCAUCGGAUGUUGCCUUCCAUGAUAGAAGGAUACCCAUCCCUGUUUUUGAUCUGUAUGGAGUUGGUUUGCGGCAGGCUUUCCCAACACCCAAUCUCGCGAAGACACUUAACCUCAAGGUUGGCAAAUUGACUACUGGCGACUCAUUGGAUACGUCACCCAAGGAUGAAGCAUCAAUUGUUUCAAAUGAUGCAACAAUUAAAGACAUGGAGGUAAGUUCUCGAUCAUUUCUUCUCUCCAUCGGUUGCUGUUUAUGUCCAUAUCGAGGUUUUUUUAAGUUUUUUUUAUGCAAGUUUUCAAUUAAAGACUCUGUUGAGCCUGUUCUUGUAUAUGUUUCGUGUUGCAGGGAGCAGCAGUUGCUUAUGUAGCGGAUCUUUUGAAGGUUCCUGCAAUAUUUGUUAAAGCCGUAACUGAUAUAGUGGAUGGUGAUAAACCGACAGUGGUCGAAUUUUUGCAGAAUUUGUUGGCGGUAACGGCUGCACUUGACCAAGCAGUUACGGAGGUUGUAGAUUUCAUCAAUGGGAGGUGCAUCUCCGAACUUUGAUAAAUUCAUACUGGACGCGGCUUCCUUCUUGGUCCAAACAGUCUGCCCCACUAUAUCAAUAUUUUGAUGAUCCGAGCCUUCCAUUUUGGAGGCCCCGAUGUGCAGAUUAUCCGUACCAAAAAACAGAGUUAAGGCAAUUACCAAUAUCGGGUUACCUUGAUUUUGUGCACGUGUCAAAAGUGUUUGAUGAACAUUUUUUUCUGUUACUCCUAAAUGCCAUCUGAUUGAAGAGUAAUUUAAAUGUAAAGUGGCAAUAAAGCUGUGAGUAGGUGAUUGUUUC